AAAAGGAAAUGAAUAGACGCUAUUUUGCAUAAAGUCUGAGUUAAAAGCUAAACCGGGAAGGAAGUUACCACCACUGUGCUAGAUGGGAGUGCUUCAGUGACAUGUGCUUGCUUUUGAGAAAAUCAGAACUCUUCAGAUUAGUACUAGGAAUAAUUACCAUGUUUAUUUUAUGUUUACCUGAAUUUUUCAAAAUCCAUGAAGCUAACACUGUAAUUGUGUCAUGCGUGGAUACCUGUUCAUCAGAUAACACCACUUUUCCACUUUGUACUUUUAACAAUUCUUGCAAAAGAUCACUGCAACAAAGAAGAGAAAACCAGACUAUUUUACUGAAGGCCGUUGUAAGCCAUUCCGAUUUCCAAAAUAUUCCAUGUAUUUGUCAGUCAUCCAGGAGGGAACAACAGUCCCCUACUAAACACACAGAGUGUGAAUUCAAGACAGAUGUGAAUGUUGAUCAUCAAGGAUCAGGGUCAGUAGCUAAAAAAAUUCCAAAAGCAAAAGGCUCACUUGAAGUGAAAACAAAAGAUGUUAUUUAUUUUUAUAAAUACUUUAAUUUCACUACGGUUUCCGAGAAAGAAGAAGUAGAGCAUAAUACUUACUACCUGCUGGAAAUCCACAUCAACAAUUCUAUAGUUGGAGGAAGAAAUGCAGUCGAAGAAUACCUAAAUCAUUCCUGUCUAGUGGCAAUGAUGGAAGACCAAAAUGACUGUAUAAAUAUUUCACUGCAACUGAAGUCUUACGUGGAAUAUCCAAUGUGUGUGACGAAGAUCAUUUGGCUCACUAUGAUUCCAGUAGUUUUUGUGCUUACUAUUUCAAUCGUCAUCUACAAAAUAGUCCAAGAAAAUGAACAAAACUAUUGUAAACACAGAGUAGCAGCAGUUUCUACUAUUCUAAGAAGAAGGAGUUCUAGACAUGCAAGAAGAACUGUAUGUGCUACUAAAAUUCAUCCCUUUCCUG